CAGUGGAACUGUACUGCAACUGAAAAGGAAGUAGCCUAGUUUGAAUACUGUGAUAAUAUAACUGUACUUUAUAGUAUUGGAGUAUAGAACAUACAAACCGUAAAAGUGAUGCCGGCCCAGCCCUCUGUCAGAGAACCAGAGGAAGAGAUGGAAGUGGAGGGAGAGAGUGAACUACCAGAGGCCAACGGAGAGAUGGAGGAAGAGAGGGAGAGAGAGAGAGGAGAGGGGGAGGAAGAAACCAUGGAGGAGAGCACGGAGGAGAGGGAGAGCGACUCGGACGAUAGCGAGGAGGAGGAAGAGGAGGAAGAGGAGAGUUCAGAGAUGGAUGAUGAGGACUGUGAGAGGAGGAGAGGAGAGUGCCUAGAUGAGAUGUCAGACCUGGAAAAACAGUUCCUGGAACUGAAAGACAAGUUGUUUCGUGAGCGGUUGAACCAGGUAAAGGUGAAGCUAGAUGAGGUGUUGACUGGUAAAGCAGGAGAAUAUAGAGAACCACUGGCAACACUACAACACAACAUGACACUACGCACACAGGUGGCAG